AGCCAAGAGGUUUUGUAAAUAUUAAACUAGUGCGUUGUCUCGGGACCUCUUGUCCUAAAGUUUUAAAAUUAUAGACGAGUAGCUUUUCUGUUGCAUUGCGUUACCCUUGGUACUCUUUUCAUUUCUGCUAGAUCAAACCCUUUCUUCCUUAACUUCCCUGCUGGAGAAAGAGAUUUAAGAAUACAUGUUUGAAAAAGCAUAUAUCUGCAGGGUACACUAAGAGAGCAUGAAAGAGGCAUACUCUCUUUUUUUACACGUCUUGCAGUGAAGUAAAUUCCUCAGUUUAAGGCGCAGAGCCUACAAAUAUCUCUUGUUGCUCUUAAGCGUGUGGUGUUUAUUCCGGGCAGUGGUUACAAGACCAAGAAGUUUUUCGAGUGAAUGCGGUAAUUUUCUUAAAGAAUUGUUGGUGUUUGUUAGGUUUUAUGUCUCACCGACUCAAACUCGACUCCUCGUGAUACCAUUUGGACAAGACGCAACUGUAUUAAGAAAUGACGAUAAAGCAAGCUUUAGGCGUUGGACCCUAGGCAAAGGAUACGCGACCAAGAAAGAGAUUGAAGCUAUGACAGAGUUACAUAACAUAACUAAUCUUCACAUCGCACUGGACCUGGCUUUCCAAGCGUAUGCCACAGAAGGGAAACAGGACAGACAGGGCGUUCCCAAUAUUGUGAUACUUAUCACAGAUGGCAAAACACAUGACGAAACUGCACUGGAUGCAGUAUUAAAGUCAAAGGUAACUUACUUCACUAAUAGGAGUAAAUUCUUGGCCGACACUCAAGGUCUUAUAGAAACAUAGACUCCUAGUUCAGGGGCACCCAACGAGAAUAUAGUUCAAAACCACUUAAACAUAGCAUUGUGAAACCUAUUUUAGUAUUCAAACGGUAGAUAUAGGCAUAUUUUUAUCCCCUAAAAAUUUUUUAUCUGUUCGGAUUUCCUAGCUGAAAGUCUAGUCAUCCGAAAAUUAUAGAGAUCAAAACUUAUCUUUUCGAAAAUUUCAGCCAGAAAAAAGGCCCCCGAAAUUCUAGGUGACCUUUUAAGGGUAAAAAUCCGUUAAAAAUAGGCAAUUAUACCAUUUUUUAGAUGUUCGAAAAUCCUAGGAGAGGCAGGCAAGCAAGAAAUUUUACAACAAAUGUUUCGAAAAUUCUAGAUCUCAAUUCUUCUUCCGAACAGAUAUUCUUCCGAAAAUUGUCGUCGGGUGCCCCUGCUAGUUCUUAAGACGAGAAUGACUAAGAGUACGAGAUUUUAUCAAUACAAUGCGCGCGGCGGGAAAACGUGAUAGCCGUCGUCAUUCUACUCCGAGUUAUUGCGAGAAUGUCAAAGACAAACAAAAAGAGGCAAAAACAGGUUAUCAAAUGCAAAGAAGUUUUAUCAGUUUGCGAUCGGGAGAGUUAAUAAAGAUAACAGUGCUAAUUUUCCUAGGUGUCUAUUUUUGAGAAAGAAAAAUACACGAAAAAAAGUAAACUCAAAUAUCGAAGUCAUAGUCGUUCUAGUCCUCGAAUCUAAAGAUCUCUGCCGGAUAUCUUUAACUGGAGGACCGGGGAUAAAAAUACCCCUGUUUCAUCGGUUUGACUGGGGAACUAAAGGAGAUCAAUGUUGGUUAAAAUUACGGUAUAUUUCGAGAAAUUGAGGGUUCGAGAAAUACUUCACCUUUUUAAAAAGAGAACAUGAUCACAUCCCGCGAAUACAUAAUAACACUAAAAGACUGAAUUAUGCAUGAUAUAGAUACAUUUUGCCAGCGUGGCGGUAAGUUAUAAGUACUUAUAAAAUAACUAAGAUAGUACGCGCGCUCUGAAUGGCCGAGAGGAGUGUUUGGAUGAGAGUAUGUAAACAUGGUUGUGGCGUCAAGAUGUUUUACUUUUCGAGCGCUAAUCACGCAAGCACGAAUUAAAAAAAGUUUUCGAGUUCAAAACUCAACAAGUUUACUUUAUUUACCCAUUCCUUCGUCUGCUGAAACUUGGAAAAUAGCUGCAAAGAAGGUGUGUCAAUUUUUCUUCGCUUAAGCUGACAUUUUAAGCUAGAAAAAUCGGUAUUUUGGAAAGCAUCUUUUUGCAAAACAAGGACUGAUUACGCAUGCAAGACUUUUCGGACAAGACUUUGCGACUGGAAAGUAUUUCUCUUUUAAUCAGUGCCGUUUUGCGUUUUUCACGGGAAAGUUAUUUUAUAAAAGCAAUAGAAAACUUUUCUCCUGUGUUUGCACAGCCUGAUAUAAACACUCGAGGCGUUGGGAGAAUUCUCGACAGUUAUGCAAACCCUCGACUUCGUCUCGGGUUUGCAUAACUGUCGAGAAUUGUCCCAACCCCUCUCGUGUUUAUAUCAGGCUAUGCAAAGACGGAAAACGUUUUCUAUUGCUUAAACAAGGUAUACAAAGCAGUGGAGUACCGCCAAUUUAACAAAUAAUGUGUGUGCAAAGGGACCCGGUGUCCUCUUAUGUCCCUAAGAACAAGAUCUCUCUUGUGCCCGAAUUCUAGCUCAGGUAUUUUAAAUGACGGUGUGUUCGUAUUAGUGCCCAGUAAGUACCUUACUCUAGAAUACUCGGUCACCCGGCACCUAGUGGGAACGCUGAAUAAAAUAUAGAAUAGUGCUGCGGUUUUCGCUUCGGUAUGUGACAAUAAAGACUAAGACCCGUUUCAAACGUCGUGCUACCGCCGUGCCGAACUCAAUUCAUAAAUUAUAAAAUACAUUAGAAUAUAUUUAAAAGUUUGCUAAACCGUUUCUUUAUUUUUGCUUUUUUUUUUCGGUAACAGCUGUUCUAAUAUUUCGACUGAAUUAAAUUCGGCGUGUGAAACCAAGUCGUGCUAGUGUCGUGCUGCAGUCGAGCUACAGUCGAGCCAGCUUAGCACGGCAAUAGCACGACGUUUGAAACAGGUCUAACUGUUCCAUUCUUUUCGUUCCGGCUUAGCCUCUUAAUACCUACGUGAUUGCUGUGGCUUUGGGGAAAGAGGCAAACGCUCAUCGAGAUGUACUCGACAGGACUGCGGAUGAGGUCAUUGACUGGACCUUACAAAAAGGGGAAAGAAGUUCAAAUGAUGUGUUGAACGACAUUAUGAAUCGUUUUGAUUUUGAAAGAUGCGGUAAGACAUGUAUUAUAGGUUCGUUACAAUAUUCUCUUUCGCUCGGAGACUGAGCCAUAUCAAUACCUUUUUCUUGCCGCCAUGUACCUCAUAGUCUGCUAGACAGCCGUUUUUAGCGUCGCCACGCACCACUCCUGUGUAAUAGACUACCAUGUACCCCCCAAAUCGGUAAAAACCAAUUCGCCACUUACCACCCCACACCCUCAACAAUAAAAGUUCUUGAAAAAGCGCUGUCUUCAAUUUCUCUUGAGACGACUGUAGUAACCUGCAGAAAUUGAAAACAAAGCUUAUGCAAAAUGCUAGGGACGAACAACUAGCGAUUUUUCAUGAACCUGUUAGUUUAAACAGGCUAGGUCAAGCGCGAGGUAAUAGGGAACUCAAGAUUCGAGGAAGGCAGCGGCAGCGAAAACGUCGCUUAAACUGAUGCUUUCGUUGACUUCACCGUGAUUGUUUCAACUCACUUCGUCAAAUGUAGCCUACGUCAAUCAUGGGCUUUUCUUGCGUAUUAAAAUAUAUCUUGAAUGACGUUGUCUUUGCCGUCGCCAUUGUCGGAUCUUGCGGUCCCUAACAGAUGAAAAAACGGACAACCUCGUCCAUCGGGCUUUCCCUUGGAAAAUAAGGGGAAAAUGGUACAACGGGAGAGCAAUGCGAACGUCAUAAAAGCAAUACGUAUUGAUAAGCGUAACAAUUAGUGCAGGUGCGUCGCACUUGUAGCCUUAUUCUCUUACCACCAUUACUCUAAAGGUGAUUUCCGUUUUUAUAUAUUCGCUUUUUUAACAGAUGGUAGUCAGCCAGGAUUCCUAACGAUCGAAAAGUUUGGCUGUUUUAGCACUGAGUACACAGAUUCAAGAAAAAAUAUACAGCCGGCGAUGGAAUCCAUAGAAAAUUCAAACUGCUGGCUCUUAAGUAAUACAAGUUUGCAGCGGAGAGAGGCUUUUGAAAGAUGUGCUUGGUGUUGUUGGAAACUGGGGCAUAAAUAUUUUGCGGUUGAUGGUGAUAAUGGCUGUUCCGCAGGUGUGUUGUUACUUGUCAUUCAGUGAUCUACCUUCUCCCAAGCGGUUUCCCCUGUUUUUACAGAGCACGCGUGGUGUUGUGGGUUAAUUUCCAGUUUUUAAUAAUUAUUAUAGGUGCCAGUUUAUCAUGAAAAUUUUCUUGAUUUUUCCCCGUUUAUACCACUACAUGAGAAAUUUCUGCAAUUUGAUUGGCUUAGAGCAGUGGUAUUUCAGCUUAAUUUGAAAUACCUACAUGUGAAAAUUACAAACCUUUUGCGGGUAGUAGUAUAAACAAAUAAUAGCAUGAUUUGUACGUGAUAUUUAGCAUAAAUACCACUCGGGAUAUUUCAAAAUUGUCUCAAAUUUCCCUCGCCUAACGGCUCGUGAAAUUACGUAUAACAAUUUCGAAAUAUCACUCGUGGUAUUAAUGCCAAAUAUCACUACAAAUCAUGCUAUAACCUAUACAAAUCAACGAAUUGCUUUUCACUGUGUACUUGUUCUCAUUGUUAGCUUCUGUGGCGUCGAAAUUUUACCAAGGUGGCCAUCCUGAUUCAAAUGACUACUGCACGGAAAAGCGAGGUGGAAGCGAUUCCAAUGUGGUUUAUUAUCUUAAAGGUAAGUUUAGUUUCACUACCUGAAUAAUUCUUUGAAAGGGCUCAGUCAAUUCCAAGUGUUCCUAGCCCGCCAGGAAUUUCUCGGCCAUUUGUCUUUUUUUCUUGUGAAAGCUGCAAAUAUGCCGCCCAUCGGUGGGGCCAACAGAUUCGUUUAAAUUCCCUGCUGAUGAAACGACGAUCACAUUGCUAUUUCGAUCAAGUUUCAACGUCAGUCGUGCGAUGACGGAAAAGAAAAUCUGCUAAAACUUAAUAUACUGUACGUUCGAAGUCUUUUGCUUUGCUCAUUAAACCUGUUGGUUUUUUUUAUUUUCUCGUUUUCGUGGUUGUCGUCGUGUCUACUUCGGCUUGCUCGUAGCCCAUUCUUCACAUGCGACGUUUUCGGUGAAAAACCGACGAUUUGAUGAAAAACGAGCGACGAAAACGACGUCCGCAGGUACCCACAGGGAGGCUCACGAUGGGUUUUAAUGAAUAUGAACAAGUGGCCACCAAUUUUCACAAACCAAAAAUUCUGUUUCCCUGACGAAAGUUUAAGAGGCCAAUCUAAUAUCUUCGGUACCUUUCUUUUGAGAGAAUUUGUAAGAUUUCAUUCCUAGAUAAAAAGAUAGAACAAUAUUGAACAACAUAUUUAGCAGCACUGGAGAAAAAUACUAUACUUGUUAGAUUUCAAUUUGUAAUUGCUCUGAUCGACUUGUAUAAUAAGAUCUUCACGGCCUUUGACCGAGGUGAAUAGAUCCUUCCACGGUUCCUUCAACUUUUGGAGAAAGAAAGUUGCCAAGUUUGAAAGUGAUUUGAUGGAAACUAAUGAAGAUAUAGCUAUGCAAAUUCAGGGAAUUUUACAGACGUUUGCGUUUGUAUGGUUGAAGGGGGGGAAGGGGGGAAGAGAGGGAGUUCGAGCGCCACACCACACAAUCGUCUGUAAAAUUCCGCGACUUUGGGGAGCGAUAUCUUCGCUCACAGACGUAUUUCUUCAAGACUUGGCAAUUUUACUAAUGUUAAUUAGGGUGUUUUUUCAGCGGUGUCAAAUGAUCCCCAUUUAAACUUUAUAACGCCGUGGAAGGGCCUAUUUGCCAUCGCUGUUUUUUUUACCUUCUACACCGUAGAUAGACCAGAUAAUACCGUUUGUUCUGAUAAACUCGAACAUUACGGAAUUCGUGGCUUAGCACUGGAGUGGAUAAGUUACUUUUCAUACAGAAUGCAAUAUGUUCAAUUUAAUGGCCAUCGUUCGUUAAAAAAUUGAGUCUCUUGUGGGGUCCCUCAGGGUUCUAUCUCCGGACCUCUUUCUUUCUUAGUUAACAUUAACGACUUUAUCAGUGCUUCUAGUACAUUAAAUUUCGCCAACGAAAUGUAUUUUUGUCGCAUAAAGAUCCGGGCUAUCUUUUAGAUAUGUUAAAUUUGGAGAUAAGCAAACUAAAUCAAAAAAGACUACAUUCAUAGUCUUCAAACCACGUGAAAAACGUACGGAUUGUGAUAUUCAAAUAAGUAUUGAUAAUGAACAUAUCUUUCCAGUAAAGGAAUUAUCUCUGCCGUCUCAUAAUUCUGCAAAAGUGCACAAUUAAGAUCACAAAUAAAACACAUUAUUUCAAUGCUUAUACAGACCCCAUAGUUAAGGAACUCAGUAUACUAAAAUUUAAUGAUAUAAAUUUGCUUCAACUAGGACAAUUUGUAUAUACCUGCAAAAAUUCAUUCUUGCCCCCAAUGUUUUAAAACAAUUUCUUCGAAAGCAAUCAAUUCCACUCUUAAAAGACAUGAAACUCCUAGGCCUAUUGUCUACCCCAUUGUCGAAAAAAAAACACUAUGAAGUUUUCUUCUUUUUUUUCAAGGAAAAAAGUUUUUUAAUUCACUUGAUAACGAAGUUAUCAAGUCUCAAUCUCCUUCUUACUUAAGUAAAUACUAAGGAUUAAAUUCAUAAGUAAAUGUGAAAAACAAUCUGAAAUGUUUUCCACCUUAGACUUUACGUCAUCUCUUGCUUCACCUGAUGUAAACAGCUAUAGCCCGUAGUUAGAGGAGACCCAAUCUCUAAGCUUCCCGUAGUUUCUUAGGUCUUCUCGUCACUUCUCUUUUUCUUCAUAUCUUAUAUUUUUUGUAUUUUCAUUAUUAUUUGGCAAAUAAAUAAAUAUUAAAGAAAUAGAUCUGUUGUCCACAGACGAAGGAUAGAUAGGCUUUGAUAGAUUAUGAUAGAAAAAGUAGCAUAAUAUGUUACUAGCAGUGCUCGUAUAUUUCUCAAAAUUAUGCCAGUAAUUAUGCUACUUUUUGUAGAUUAUGCUAAUUUUAGCAAAUAUGCUGAAAUUAUGCUUCUACUUUUUAUUUCAAAUUUGGUAAAAAUACCUCAAAACAAUGCAAAAAACAAGUCAAUGGCAAACAUAUCAUUCAAUUCAUAUCUAGAAACUCUAAGAGUGCAUAAUUCAUUCUCUGGGAACUAAAAAAAAUCAAACAAAAAGGAGCGCAUGGAUGCCAUCUAGGGUAACUGGGCUAGUCAGUUAUGCGCAGUCCCCUAGUCAGGCUAAGAUCGCUUCCUGUGGGACCCAGGUUCCAUGAAUGCGACAAUAAGCAGACAAAAAAUUGAUUCAGUUUCUCAAAUUUGCCCGUAACAUCUCGCGUAAAAAAAUGGUUGCAUUGUGCUGCUAAACUAGACAAAAAUGCAAAUUUUGCUAGCAUUGCUUUUUUUGGAAAAUAUACAUCAAAAUCAUGCUGGUAAUGACGAAAUGCUAAAAAUAUGCUGUAGCAAUCUAUCAAAUCCCUAAAGAUCGACGGAUGCACUUCUUCCUGGCUGUCUGGAAUUUCAAAGUUUCUUUUAACAUAGUUUAUCGCAUGUUGUAUAGUAUUCCUCCCGGACGUGUUAAUGACAUAUUCUUCUUGAUUUGAUAAACGAUUAGAUUGUCAAGCUUUUGGAUUAGAAAACAAGGCAAUUGCGGACGGAAAAAUGAGUGCCUCUUCAGAACGCAAUGCUGAUCAUUCAGCAAAACAUGGCAGAUUAUUCUCUCAGAGGGCGUGGUCAGCUGGCAUUGACGAUGCUGAACAGUGGCUUGAGGUCGAUCUUAGUAUCAUGGGGAACAUUGUAAAUCGUGUGGGAACGCAAGGAAGCGGUGACGCUGAAGAAUGGGUAACCGAGUACAAGCUGCUUUAUAGCUACCGGAACUCUCCUCGGAGAUUUAAGGUACAUUCCAAAUAAAGAGCCCUCGUCCCUAUUCUUCAACUCCCUCAUUUCAUCAGGGCUUGGUUGAGACUUUAUUUCACCCCUAAAGAAGACAAUAUCCCACUGCAGCAUCAUGGCAUUUUUUUAAAAUAUGGAUACUUCUAGCACAAACCAAGGCGAUACAUUUAUAGGUAAAAUAAUGGGAUUUCCGUUCUGAAUAUGCUAAAUGUGAACAAAAUCGCGCAAUUUCUUUUUUCCACCUCCCCAGACUCACUGCGACACAAAGAUGCGUUUUUGAAGAAGAGGGUAGCCUGCCACGCACUAAUUAUCCAUUGAUUUAAUACUAAUUGUUGUCAAUGAUUAUUGGUUAGCAAGGUCUGGUUAACAGAUGGUGAUUUCGUUGCUUUAGUUUGCUCAGAGACUAGAUGGAAACAGCGACAGUAACACGGUUGUUUAUCACAAGCUGAAACGAAGAUUUUAUGCUCGUUAUGUCCGUUUUCAACCUUUGAAUUGGAAUGUAUGGCCAUCAAUGAGAGUGGAGCUUUAUUACUGCAAGCCAGGUACAACCGUGGUUGAACAAGAACUCCUUGUAUCCUAUAUUAGUACAUAA